AUGUCAUCUCUAAUGGUGGGCGGCUGAAAACAAGGUUUUUAUUUGAAAAUUGUUAUUGCAAAAAGAAUGGAAAAUUCGAAUGGAAUCCAUUAUAUUGAGCUGUCGAGGAUUCCCAUACGCUUCGAUGCCGUCAGCCAGCUAACGAACGUCUUCUUCGAUGACUCGAACAAGCAGAUCUUUGCUGUGCGGUCGGGUGGUGCCACUGGGGUUGUCGUCAAGGGCCCUGUCCCCAACGAAGACACGGUUAUAUCCUUUUGCAUGAACGAUCGUGGUGGAGCGAUUCGUUCGAUUAAAUUCUCGCCGGAUAAUCAACUACUGGCUGUGCAGCGAAAAGAGAACGCAGUGGAGUUCAUCUGCUUCCAGGGGGAGCAGCCACUGCUGCAGGACAUCAUCACGCAUCAGGUGAAGACUAUGAUCCAUGGCUUCGUGUGGAUCCACAACCGGGAAGUGGCCCUGAUAUCCAACACAGGUGUUGAGGUAUACACCGUGUUGACGGAGAAGCGUCAGGUGCGCUCUGUCAAGUCCCUGAGCAUUAGCAUCAAGUGGUUCGCCUGGUGCUGCGAUGCCAAUGUGGCCCUGCUCUGCACCACCGAAGGCAACAGCCUGGUGCCCGUUCUGGUCAAGCAGAAGGUCAUCACCAAGCUCCCAAAGGUGGACUUAGGCAGUCCCAGUCGCGAGGUCCAGGAAAGCAAAGUCACCCUGGGACAAGUGUAUGGCGUCCUGGCUGUGCUCAUACUCCAGUCGAACAGCACAACGGGCAUGAUGGAAGUGGAGGUGCAUCUGUUGAACGGUCCAGGACUGGCUCCACGAAAAUGCCAUGUGCUGCGCCUCAGCCUCGUUGGGCGCUUUGCCAUCAAUACGGUGGAUAAUCUGAUUGUGGUGCACCAUCAGGCCACUGGGACAUCGCUGCUCUUCGAUAUAUCCCUCACGGGCGAGGUCAUUCAGGACAUCACAUACCAUGCGCCCGUUUCAACGGGUCGUUCCAUCAAACCCUUUGGUCUGAAGCUUCCCUCGCUAUCGCCCGAUGGACAAAUCCUCCAAUGCGAGCUGUACUCCACCCAUUGGGUGCUGUUCCAGCCAAAUAUCGUGAUCGACGCAAAGCUGGGAUGCAUGUGGUACCUGAAUCUGUGCAUUGAUCCGCUGUGUAAUCUGAUCUCCGAUCGCAUACGUCUAACAGAGUUCUUGCUGCAGCGCAGCAGUGGCAAGCAGGUUCUGCUGAAGGUCCUGGGACAGCUGGUGGACGAUCAAUACAAGGGCACGCUGCUGCCCGUCCUGGAGACCAUUUUCAGCAGGAUAAACAAGAUUUAUGCCUCCUGGGUGCAGUUGGAGCUGCAGAAUCAGACGGCUCAGCCCUCGAAUGUAAAGACAACUACGGUGAAGCACUCCUCACCGCCCAUUGUCCUCAUAGAGCAGCUGGAUAUGGUGCAGAUAUUCCAGAGGAUAGCGAAGAGGCCCUACACCGAGACCAUUUUGAUGCUGUACCUCCAAUCGCUGAGUAAAUUCAACAUUGCCGCCCAGGAGGAGCUCUCCAAGAUGAUCAUCAGCGAGCUGAUCCACAAUCGCAGCUUCGAUACACUGCGUCGUCUCGUUAGCUAUUCCAUGCUGCUGGAAUCCAAGGCGGUGGCUUGCUUUCUGCUCUCCCAUUCCGAUGUUAAUACGGCCAUCUCCCAGGUGGCCAUCGACAUGCUGGGCAAGAUUCAGGCGCAUGAGAUCAUCGUUGAGGUGAUGUUGGGGCAGGGCAAAGUGAUUGAUGCCCUACGUUUGGCCAAGAACUCUUUGGGCCUUGAUAAAGUCCCGGCUCGCAAAUUCCUCGAGGCUGCCCAUAAGACCAGAGAUGAUUUAAUAUUUCACAGUGUUUUCCGGUUCUUUCAGAUGAGAAAUCUAAAAUUGUAUGAGACUCUGGCUUUUCCCAAAGCGGAACAGUGCACGGAGUUUAUACAGCAUUAUAAUGGCACUUUUCCCACGGACAACUCCCUGAGGCCUCAAAUAAUUUGAGGAACUAAAUGAGAGACGUGAUUUAAGAAAAUUCAUAAAUCUUUUUCAGAAUCGUAGUGCAAUGUGGAAUAUACAUAUUUGGAUAUGGUUUUAUAUGCAUAGUCCUUAAAUAUACUUCUUUAAGGGUA